UAUAAAAUGCAUAUUAUAUUAGUUAUCAUUAAUGCCACACACAACUCGGUUUCAUAAAAAGUUAAUCUCGCACGGAAUUCAGUAAUUGUUGUGAUUUUUAAUCUUUAUUUGCCGCAUAAAAUUCGAAUGCGAAGAUUCAUUAAUUCUAAUCUGUAGCGUUAUAACGAUCGCCCGUACACUGAUUAGUAAAUAUGAAGUAAACACUAAGUAAAUACAACUAUCGUAUUUGUUGGCUGUUGUUUUUUUAUUCUUAAUGUGUUAUUUAUUACAUAAUUUGUAUACCUAAAUUUUAUUUUCUUGUUACAAUAGUUAAUAAUUUUGAGACAUUAGCAACUAGGCACUGAAAAUGAAUAAAACUCAGCAUAGAUAAUUUAGCAUACCUAAUUGUAAAUAAGCCUCUGCCAAUAGGUGUAAAAAACAGACAGUUUAUCAUUGUUGCUUGAUAGCUCUUUCAAUUUGACUGAAUCUAUUAAAUUUUAAAAUAUUAGAUGGUGCAAACGUACGUACUUAAAUUCGUUGUUCCGCGACUAAAAAAUAUGUUUGGAAAGCAAUUUAAAAUUCAGCAUAAAUGAAAUAUUCUUAGUGUCAUUGACUCCACUGGUCAUUUCUCUAAUUAUAUUACAUAUAAAACAAAUAACCCAGUAUUUAAAACUCCAGUAGCACCAGAACAUCGCGAUCUGAUUCUGGUUUAACAUUUACGAAUACAUCAGAAAUUUGAAAAUAUAUUAUUGGAUCAGGUCGAACAGUUUCUCUAAAUUUAAAGAAGAAAAUGUUACACAACUGCUAAUAAAACAUUCAACAUACCUAUUACGAUUUGUCAAUAUUCAUUUGCUACUCUCAAAAUACAGUUAACACUUAUUAAAAAAAAUUGUGGUAGAAAAAUGUGGCUAAAGAAAAAAUACUUUUAAAUAUUAAUUCAUCUGGAAUCGAGGUAUUUAGGUUCCUCUUCACUUUUAUCAAAGCUGAUAAAAAGUUACGAAGUAACUAAGUAUUUAUUAGCAAAAGCAAGAGCAAAGUUUUUAUUAAUGUAAGUUGUUAUGCAAUUUUCAAACACUUGAAUUUGGUGACCUUAAGACAGUAUCGGUAUCUUCUUAAUAAAUAAAUCAACAGCUUAAGGUCUGAAAAUACCUACGUCUUUGCGUAAUGAACUAAUUUCUCUAAAAAAUAGAACUAUUCAUAAUUUAAAACCAAAGUUCUCUUAAAAGUUAUAUACACAUACUUCAUUAAGGUAUUCGAAUAAUGUGGUUUUUAUCAGCAUCCAGACAAUUAUGCAUACUUUUCAAUAUCAGCUUUUAUUUGUCAAGUAGACAAAAUAUUGGGUUAAAAAUACCACUUUACCUUCAUCUAAUAUUUCUUGAGAUACAAUCUUUUGUUUUUUGGCAAAUAAUGAACUUAAUCGUUUUACUUCGUGCAAAAUUACUAGUGUUAGUUAAUGAUUUACAGAUAUAUUUAUAAAUUUUCAAUUUAGUCUUUAUUUUAUGAAAUUGGGGGUGGCCUUAGAUUAGUUGGUUAGAUGAACUGAUAGACUGCUUGAAACUGUAUGUAUCGAAUUAUAUUUGCAGGAAAAUGAUAUGUACCUUUUGAAAUUGAUUGUAAGCAAAUCAGAUUUUUGAAAAAAACAUCCAAACCACGGAGAUGAAAAAUGAAUAAAUGUACGAGGAAAAAUUAUUUUUCCACAUUGCAACAGAGUUUGACUUUUAAUAAAGUUGAAAUCUCUCAAGAUAUGAAAUCUAUUUUUGAAGACCCAAUCAUAAUUUGUUAUCUAGAUCUAAAAAUAUUUAAAUAAUUAAAACAUUGAUAAAUAAUCAUUGAUUUAAAAUUCAUUCAACUCCAUAACACCAUCAGAAUUCAUUUUUACCUAAGAAGAAAGUCUGAUUAAGUUAUCUUGUGACAAUAGUUUUAAAGCGGUAAUUAGCAGAAUUAUCUGGUAAAUACUACCAGAAUAGAAUAGACCAAUCAUUUUGUCUCCAAUAAGUUAUUGGCAAUAAUAGAAAAAAAUCAUUUUUUUAAUUGAUAUGGCUCAACGUAUUUUAAUUUCGUUUUUGACUUCUUAUUUACAUAAAACUAAGUUUUCCGAAGUCACUGACAAAAUGCAAGUAUCGAACAAAAAACAAUGUGGGAAAUGAUUUAUAAGUGGUUGUUGAUAAUUUUAUUCUGAAAUUUAAACAUUUAUAGUGAUUAACAGACUCAUCCCAUUCAUUUAAUGUCUUUCACAAAUCAAUUUAUAACUAUGUUAUAAAUCUUGAGAAUUAAAUUAAAAUAUAUAUUAUUAUAAUAAAACAAAUAUUUACAUAAAAAUAAUAGCUAAUGGUAAAAGCUAAUGGGUGAUGUUUGUCAGUUUCAAUAAACUAUUAAAGUUAUAGAAGAAUUUAAGGUUGAGUAUUACAGACAUCAACUAAACAACUGAAAACAGAAAAAAAUUCUCGGGUGAUAAUUAGUGAAUUAAAUCUUGAUAUAGUGACAUUAAAAGCUAAUCAUCCAAACUUCAAUUAUUUAGCAUAUCUGUACAUAAUGUAAUAAUAAUUCAAAAUGAAACAAAAAUUAAGUCCAACAAUAAGGGUAGUGUUUAGACUGGUGAGGCUACUAAUAUUCUUCAUGUAUUUGGACUAUUUGAAGUCACAAUCACACAAUAAGACAUUUAUGAUUUUAAAAAUGUAUGUUGAUACCCUGACUUUUACAGAAUUUUUCAAUUUUCAAAAAUAGUUUCAAAAUUAAACUUUUACGCUCUCAUAUUAUCCUUUGAGGGAAGUACAUCUACAAUAUGAACUUCCUAAUCCUGACAACCAUAAUUUAAUGUAUUGUAUUUUAGAAACAAACUGUCUAGUUUCUAUAAAUUAUACAAUAUUAACCUAUUCUAAUUAAAAUAUUCAACUUGUGACAAUUUAUAAUAAGCACGGACAAAAAAAAAAUGGAGUAAUUUUUUUAAUAAAUAAUUAAAUUAGUACACAUAACAAAAUGCGACAGCUGUGGUGAGCUUGUUUCUAUAUUAUAUCAAUAUUGUACAAAAUGUAAUCUAAUGCUUUAAUUCGUGUAGAAUUUUUCAUAUUUAUAUUGAAACAAUCUCAAUCCGCAUUGGGAUACGCUUAUAAGAAAAUUCCACGGUGAGUCACCAUGUUACACUUUAUACUACGUCAGAACGUUGGACGUAUCAUUGUGUAUUGAUCAGUUCAUAUUUCACAAUACCGUUUCACGCGGAAUCUCACCCUACCCACGACCCGCAACCCUGCCUGCGACCACCCAAUGACUAUCUCCCUAAAUUUAGGGACGUUGCAAUGGGGGCGCCACAUACGAGAAUCAAUUAUUUGUACGCUGUUUAUGCUUAUACACCAACCUAUGAAAUCAUUCAACAGAUAUAUUUGUAUUAUACGUCGGAGAGCACCCAAGAAUCGCUUGUAUUAUUAAGAUUUUCAGCACUAAGACAGUCACACUCAAAUUAAAUUUAAGCUCUUCAAAAAUAAACAGUAAAAAUGAACUCACCGCCAACGUUUGAAUCAUUUUUAUUGUAUGACGGGGAAAAAAAGUGAGUUUGCUAGAAUUAUUAUUUAUCUAUAUAGCCAUCAUAAUCAUAUUAAUUUUUAUUUUAGAAUUGUCAAGGAAUUGGAUACAAAAGUCAUGAAUGCAGCAAUAUUCACUAUAAACAAAGAAGAUCACACAUUGGGAAACAUGAUCAGAAAUCAACUGCUUAAAGACCCCAGAGUACUAUUUGCCGGAUAUAAACAACCACAUCCUUUGGAACAUAAAUUUGAACUUCGUGUACAAACAAAAAGUUCUGAAUAUACACCACAAGACGCUUUAACCAAUUCUGUAACUGAUCUUUUGGCCGAACUUUCAUUGUUUGAAGAACGUUUCAAGGAUGCUUUAAAACAGAAAAAAAACGAAAGUUUAGAUUGAAGAUCAAUAUUGAUGUUUAUAAUUACUAUUAAAAAUAUUUGUACUUAAUACCUACUUAUUAAACUAUCAAUUGCUGACUGGA